UCUCUCUCUCUCUCUCUCUCUCUCUCUCUCUCCUUUCUCCUAUCUCUAAUCUCCUGUUCUCUCUUCUCUCUCUCUCGGGAGAAACCAAAGCGGUUCUUCUUCUUGGAUCAAGGCGAAGUCAAGGCGGAGAAAGAUAAGGUAAGGGAGGUCGUGAGAUAUGGUUGAGACGAGACGUAGCUCUUCCGCUUCCAAGCGUUUCUGUGCUUCUUCUUCUUCCCCUGAAGCGUCUUCAUCUCCAAGGCCUAACAAGCGAUCUAAGGUCAAGAUCGAUGCCGCUGCUGCUUCUUCUCUUGAACCUGCGGCGGCUGAACCGGCUGGUUCCUCUUCAGCGAGCGAGGUUCCGAUCGAGAAUCAAGUACCGGCUUCGGAUCCUGGAUCGGAAUCUGGAGAGCCGGAACUUGGAUCCUCUGAUCCACAGCCUAUGGAUGCGGAGAAGCCUGUUCCAACUGAUGUGCCGGUGAUUGAGAACUCUCCUGAAACCGACGCUAAUCCUCAAGUCGAAGUCUUGGCGACUCCUACCAUAGCAGCUGAAGUGGCUACCGAUGCUGAGAAAUCCAAGGCGGCCAAGAAGCGUGCUUCAAAGGCUCCAUGGGCGAAGCUACUUUCUCAGUAUUCUCUGAAUCCUCACCGUAUCAUGAGAAGCCCUGUGUUUACUGUUGGACGCCGGGGAUGCGAUUUAUCUAUCAAAGACCAAUCUAUGCCUACCACCCUUUGUGAAUUGAAGCAGUCUGAGCCUGGUGGUCCAACAGUUGCAUCCCUGGAGAUUAUAGGGAAUGGAGUUCUUGUUCAGGUCAAUGGCAAGUGUUACCAGAAAAAUGCUUGUGUUAAUCUGAGGGGUGGUGACGAGGUUGUCUUCAGCGUUUCUGCGAAACAUUCUUAUAUAUUUCAACCUAUUAAAGAUGAAAAUCUAGCUGCUCCCGACAGAUCUUCUUCGUUGAAUAUAUGUGAAGCUCGGGGUUCCCCUCUGAAAGGGGUUCAUGUCGAGACAAGAGCAGGAGACUCCUCAGCUGUUGAUGGGGCCUCUAUAUUGGCAUCUCUAUCUAAGUACCGCAACUUCCAUCUUCUACCGCCAAUUGCUAAAGCUGCCAAGAGGCAGCAAAAUCCAGAGGUUCCUGUGGUACCUUCCAGUUGCAAUGAUUGCAUCUCGGAUACUGACAUGAACGAUGCUGAUAGUAACAAUGACCAAGCUGCUAUUGCUGCUGUGGAGAAAAAUGCUGCUUCAACCUCUUGUACUGCAAAUGAGAAUCUGAAUGUCGAUGGCAGUGGAUUGGAUCCUUUUCAAGAAGCUGAUGGUGGAAAUGUUCCUGGUUCUGGUUAUGAAAUUAGACCAAUUAUGCAUCUUCUGGGGGAAUCUUCUUCAUUUGAUAUAAGGGGCAGCAUCUCCAAAUUGCUGGAUGAACGAAGGGAAGUGAGAGAAUUCCUUAGAGAAUUUGAUCUUUCAUCAACAAUAUCGACUAGACGCCAAGCGUUCAAGGAUAGUCUGCGAGGAGGAGUACUUAAUGCUGAAAACAUAGAAGUUUCUUUUGAGAACUUCCCUUAUUUUUUAAGUGCCAUGACAAAGGAUGUUUUGAUAACAUCGAUGUUUGUCCAUAUGAACGGUGGAAACAAGUAUGCAAAGUAUGGAUCAGACUUGACGACAACUUGUCCCCGUAUCUUACUCUCUGGGCCAGCAGGCUCUGAGAUAUAUCAGGAAAUGUUGGCAAAAGCGUUUGCUAAAAAUUUUGGAGCCAAAUUGAUGAUUGUUGACUCUCUUUUGUUGCCUGGGGGAUCACCAGCCAGGGAAGCUGAAUCUUCUAAAGAAGGUUCUAGGCGUGAAAAGCUAUCUAUGCUUGCUAAACGAGCUGUUCAGGCUGCACAAGCAUUGCAGCAUAAGAAACCAACUUCAAGUGUUGAUGCUGAUAUAACAGGUGGCUCAACAUUAAGCUCUCAGGCUUUACCAAAGCAAGAAGUGUCAACUGCAACUUCUAAAAGUUACACAUUCAAAGCAGGUGACCGAGUAAGGUUUGCAGGUUUUUCGUCUUCUGCAGUUUCUUCUCUUCAAGGCUCACUAAGGGGACCGUCUAUAGGUUCCCAGGGAAAAGUACUCCUUGCAUUUGAAGACAACUCUGCUUCAAAAAUUGGGAUUAGAUUCGAUAGGCCUGUACAAGAUGGCAAUGAUCUUGGUGGCCUCUGCGAAGAAGAACAUGGGUUUUUUUGUGCUGCUAGUUCACUUCGGUUAGAUGGUUCUUCUAGCGAUGAUGCUGAUAAACUUGCUGUUAAUGAAAUCUUUGAGGUCGCAUAUAGUGAGAGUGAAGGAGGGUCAUUAAUAUUGUUCCUGAAAGACAUUGAGAAAUCUCUCGUGGGGAACAGUGAUGUGUAUGCAACUUUGAAGAGCAAGCUCGAGACUUUACCGGAAAAUAUUGUUGUCAUGGCCUCACAAACCCAGUUGGACAGCCGAAAGGAGAAAUCCCAUCCUGGAGGUUUCUUGUUUACUAAGUUUGGUGGCAACCAGACAGCAUUACUGGAUCUUGCAUUCCCGGAUAAUUUUGGUAAACUGCACGAUAGAAGCAAAGAAACGCCUAAAUCAAUGAAACAAAUAACUCGACUGUUUCCUAACAAAAUCGCCAUCCAGUUACCUCAGGAUGAAGCUUUGCUCUUGGACUGGAAGGAGAAACUCGAACGUGACACCGAGAUUUUGAAGGUUCAGGCUAAUAUAACCAGCAUCCUUGCAGUCCUCACCAAAAACCGACUUGACUGCCCUGACCUUGGAACCUUGUCCAUCAAAGAUCAAACUCUUCCAUCUGAAAGUGUAGAGAAAGUGGUUGGCUGGGCGUACGGUCACCAUCUUAUAAACUGUUCAGAACCUACAGUAAAAGACAACAAGCUUGUUAUCUCUGCAGAAAGCAUUGCGUAUGGCCUGCAGAUGUUACAUGGGAUUCAGAACGAAAACAAGAGUUUAAAGAAGUCUCUGAAGGAUGUUGUUACUGAGAACGAAUUCGAGAAAAAACUCUUGUCGGAUGUCAUUCCACCUAGCGAUAUAGGUGUUUCCUUUGAUGAUAUUGGGGCUCUGGAAAAUGUGAAAGACACAUUGAAGGAGUUGGUGAUGCUUCCUCUUCAAAGACCGGAAUUGUUUGACAAAGGCCAGCUAACGAAGCCUACGAAAGGUAUACUGUUGUUUGGACCUCCUGGUACUGGGAAGACGAUGUUGGCAAAGGCAGUAGCAACUGAGGCUGGCGCAAACUUCAUCAAUAUCUCAAUGUCCAGCAUUACUUCAAAGUGGUUUGGUGAGGGAGAGAAGUACGUGAAAGCUGUCUUCUCCUUAGCAAGCAAGAUUGCGCCAAGUGUCAUUUUUGUUGAUGAGGUUGAUAGCAUGUUGGGAAGGCGUGAAAAUCCAGGGGAACAUGAAGCUAUGCGGAAGAUGAAGAAUGAAUUCAUGAUAAACUGGGACGGUUUACGAACAAAGGAUAGAGAACGAGUUCUGGUACUCGCUGCCACCAACAGACCAUUUGACCUCGACGAAGCUGUUAUUAGACGGCUUCCCCGGAGAUUGAUGGUUAAUCUUCCAGAUGCUACGAACAGAUCAAAGAUCUUGAGUGUUAUUCUAGCAAAAGAAGAUAUAGCACCAGAUGUUGACUUAGAAGCUAUAGCAAAUAUGACAGAUGGGUACUCAGGAAGUGACUUAAAGAAUCUGUGUGUGACCGCAGCACAUCUUCCAAUCCGAGAAAUACUGGAGAAAGAAAAGAAGGAGAAAACUGCAGCUCAGGCAGAGAACCGUCCCACACCACCAUUGUAUAGCUGCACAGACGUUCGUCCCCUGACAAUGAAUGAUUUCAAGGCUGCCCAUGAUCAGGUAUGUGCCAGUGUUUCUUCAGACUCAUCGAACAUGAACGAGCUUCAGCAAUGGAAUGAGCUGUAUGGAGAAGGAGGAUCGAGGAAGAAGACGUCGUUGAGCUACUUCAUGUAGAAGAAACAAAAGAGAGGAAGAGGGAUUUGUUCGGUUUUUUAUCUCAUUUUGGUCCUUUAAUUUAUAAAUUUAUGUACAGAGAGAAAGAGAGAUAAGAGAGUGUUGUUCGUUUUGUUGUCUAAUUCAUUUUCUUUCUCAACAUAAGAAAAAAAAAAGAAAUAACAUUCGCUGUAUAAUCCAAAUACAUGCGUAUGUAUAUAGAGGCUCGGGUCUUUUAAGGAUACGGACAUAAUUCUAAAUCAGUAAGGUA